GCCAUCUGCUCUGCCUGCUUCUCUUUGGCUUUCCGCUUCCAGGGGAUCUAGCUGAACGCCAGAAACCCUAGUCACCUUCGUCAGGUUGAUUCCAUUGCCAGGGACGACCCGUGGCUUGCGUCCUGAUUCUCCUCUCUUGUUGGGCGUUGUUCCCUCGCGGCGAGUGCGGGUCCGUCGAUGCGUCGACAUGGAAAUCUAAACAUUUUUCCUGUGUGUUAGCGGGUGACAAGCCUAGAUACGAACAUUUUCUUCCUGUAGCGUCUUCGUUAGACAUCACCAUUAGUAAAGAUGACGGCCAGUCAGGUAUCGGCCGCCUUCGCGGCGGCGCGCACGUCGAAGGUGACGACGAUCGUGUGGUUCCGCCGCGACCUGCGCGUGGAGGACAACCCCGCGCUCAUCGCCGCGGCGCAACAGGGCGCCGUCGUGCCGCUCUUCGUGUGGUCGCCGGAGGAGGAGGGGCAGUUCUUCCCCGGUCGCGUGUCGCGCUGGUGGCUGCGCAACUCGCUGUCGCAGCUGCACGCGGCGCUGACGGCGCUGGGCGUGCCGCUGUUCAUGCGGCGCGCCAAGUCCACGCUGGCCGUGCUGCUGGAGGUCAUGGCGGCCACCGGCGCCACGCAGGUCUUCUACAACCACCUCUACGACCCCGCGUCGCUGGUGCGCGACCACCGCGUCAAGCAGGAGCUGGGGCGGCGCGGCGUGGUGGUGCGGUCGUUUAACGCGGACCUGCUCUUCGAGCCGUGGGAGAUCUUCGACGACAGCGGCAAGGCCUUCACCACCUUCCGCCCCUUCUGGAACCACUGCCUGCACCACCCGCGCCCCUCCCGCCCCGACCCGCCGCUCCCCGCGCCCACGCGCCUGAGCGGGCCGCUGGGGUUCGUGCGGAGCGUGGCGGUGGACCUGCUGGGGCUGGAGGCGGACGACGAGCGCCCAAGCAACGACCUGCUGGCGCGCGCGUGGCUGCCCGGCUGCACCAACGCGGACCGCGCGCUGGUGGCAUUCCUGCACGGGCCGCUGCUGGAGUACGCGGCGAACCGCAGCAAGGCGGACAGCGCCACCACGUCGCUGCUCUCCCCGCACCUGCACUUCGGCGAGAUCUCCGCGCGCCGCAUCUUCCACGAGUGCCAGCGCCUCAGCGUGGCCUGGCAGAAGGACGGGCUGCCGCGCGCGGCGGAGAGCGUGGCGCAGUUCGUGCGCGCGCUGGGGUUCCGCGAGUACUCGCGGUACCUGUCGUUCAACUUCCCCUUCACGCACGAGCGCUCGCUGCUCGCCAACCUCAAGCACUUUCCGUGGCGCGUCGACGAGCACAUGUUCAAGCUCUGGCGCCAGGGCCGCACCGGGUACCCACUGGUCGACGCGGGCAUGCGCGAGCUGUGGGCCACCGGCUGGCUGCACAACCGCAUCCGCGUGGUGGUGGCGGCGUUCUGCGUGAAGUUCCUGCAGCUGCCGUGGCGGUGGGGCAUGAAGUACUUCUGGGACACGCUGCUGGACGCCGACCUGGAGGCGGACGUGCUGGGCUGGCAGUACAUCAGCGGCUCGCUGCCGGACGGCCACGAGCUCGACCGCAUGGACGACCCCGAGGAGGACGGCUACCGCUUCGACCCCGAGGGCGAGUACGUGCGCCGCUGGGUGCCCGAGCUCGCGCGCGUGCCCACGGACUGGAUCCACCACCCGUGGGACGCGCCGCCCGUCGUGCUGCGCAUGGCGGGCGUCGAGCUGGGCGCCAACUACCCGCGCCCCGUGCUGGACGUGCUGACGGCGCGGCAGCGGCUGCAGGAGGCGGUGGACACCAUGUGGCAGCGCGAGGCGGCGCUCAAGGCGGCGGCCGCCAACGGCUGCGACGAGGGGCUGGGCGACACGGAGGAGGUGCUCGUCGCGUUCGCGCGCGCGCCCGACGGCCGCCUCCCCAUGCGCGUGCACCGCGCGCUCGUCCGCCCCGAGCUCAGCUGCGCCAAUGGCGCCGCCGCCCCCGCCGCCUCGCACAGCACGCUGGCGGCCAGCGCCAGGGGCGGCGCAGGGGGGUUGGCGCGCUCCACGUCGUGCGACUCCGCCGCGGCCAGCGCGGUGGGGCCUUGGCGCGGGCCGGCGGAGAACGGGGAUGGGGAGGCGGAGGGGGUGCGCGCGGGCGGCGAGGAGCUUCCCCUUGCAGUGCAGAUGGAGGCGGCGGCGGCUGCGGUGAUGGCGGCGGACAGGGCUGGGAAAGCGGCGAGAGGAGAGGCGGAGGGAGAGGGCGGGGAGGGGAAACGGGAGGCGGCGGAUGGAGAAACAGCGGAUCUGGCGGCGGGGCGGGCGGACGGCGCGGGCAACGCGGAGGGUAGUGGCGCGGGCGUGAUCCCCUGGCAUGACCAGAUGGUGCCGUACUUCCCCUCGCCCGCCACCAUCCAGGCCGCGGAAGCCAUUCUCGCGGGGGACGCCGCCGCGCACGCGGAAGGCGCGCAGCCGUCCUUCCCCCAGGAGGGGCAAGGGGAGGAGAAGGGGAUUCGGGCCCCGGUGGCGGCAGCAGAGCAAGCAGCUGCAGGGAAGGGGAACGGGGCAGGUGGCGCGCCGACAGCACUGCCGCGUUGGGCGGGGUUUGCGGGCGGGCAGGGUGCGGCGGAGGGCCUUUCCCCUUCCGCGCGCGUGUCCAGUCUCGUCGAACUGCAGCUCUUCCCCGCCAACCCCCGCCCCGCCCCCGCUGAUGGGCCGCGCGCGCAGAGGGGGAGAGUGGGUGAUGGGAGGCAGGGGGAAGGGUCGAAGAAGGAUGGCGGGGGAGUGGCGGGGAGGGAGGGCGGGGGGCUGCUGGGGAAGCGCGGGUUCAGCAACGUGUGGGGCGACGAUGCGCCGUUCCCCGCGUCUAUGCUCCGCCGCACCAAGGACCACACGCCCUUGGUGCCCGUGCUCUUGCAGCAGCAGCUGCGCCAGUACCAGCAGCAGCAGCAGCAGCAGCAACAACAACAACAACAACAACAACAACAUAUGCAACAGCAACAUCAGCAGCAGCAGCAGCAACAACAACAACAGCAACAGCAACAGCAACAGCAACAGCAGCAGCAGCAGCAGCAGCAGCAGCAGCAGCAGCAGGUGCAUGGGUUGCAUGGGGCGCAUGAGCAUGGGCCAGGCAUAGGGGCGGGCGUGACAGCAGAGGUGGGGCAGAAGCUCAUGGCUCUGCAGCAGCAGCAGCAGCAGCAGCAGCAGCAGCGACUUAUGGCCGGCGUUGCUGCCAACGCGCAUGAUCGCAGCAACCUGCCUGCAGCUGCAGCAGCAACAAGGCCGGCGGGCGCAGCAGGUGCGGAAGCAGCAGCUGGUGUGGCGGAGCAGGACAGGGGCGGGGGGGCCAGGGGGGUGGCUGGGGCGGGGGGCAUGUAUGCGAGCCCGGCAGGGCGAGUGGCGCUCACAGGACUGCCGUUCCGAGCGAGCGCUGCUGUCGAGGCGGGCGCUACCAGUGCCGGCGGCGGCGGUGGUGGCGGUGGCGGUGGUGGUGGUGGUGGCAAUGCGUUUGGUGGCGCUGCUGCUGUGGAUGGCAGAACACCGCACACACACGCUCAGGCGCACGCUCAGGCGCAGGCACAAGUGCAGGCGCAGGCGGAAAUAGAGGCGCAGAUAGAGGCGCAGCUAGGGUCACGUGCAGCAGUGGGCAAGUUGCAGCAGCCUGCUGUGCGGUCACCACAAGGCAGCAAGCCCGACCUCCCUGCCAGUGAGGUCAGUCCACCCGCCGCCCUCCACCCUCCACCCUCCACCCUCCACCCUCCACCCUCCACCCUCCACCCUCCACCGCUCGUGGCUCGUCCCACCCAUCCCCUCCUGCCCAACGCCCCUGCUUGCUUGCUGCUCUUGCCUCUCCUGUCUCCAUUGCCGCGCAUCCUGCUCACCGCUGCCGCAUUUCUUUCCUCUUCCUCCCUCUUGUCUUGUGCAGGACGGCAGUGCAGCAGCGGCGGGCAAGAAGGGGUGGGGGCCGCUCACCUUCCUCUCGCUGGUGUCGCCGCACCUGCCGCACCACCACCACCAGCAUGCAGCAGACCCCCACGCGCUGCCCGCCUUCCCUGUGCCCGCCACCCUGGAUGCCGCCGUCGUGCCGCGCCAACACACCCGCCUCUUCCCCUGACACGCGCCGCUCUGCACACCAGGAGCCUCGUGACGAAUGGUUGAUUCGUUCCCGCGGUGUGCUUGGUGUUGUGCACCAGCAACACCAUUUGUCGCAUUCCGUGUUUUGUCUUGGAUUGUGUACAAACUAAUUAAGUUGUGGUGCGCCCAGGGUGUGGCAUGACCAAGUUUGCCAUCCCCGGUUGGGCGCCGCCCUUGCUGCCACUAGCUGCUCCGCUUCCAAAGCACUUGUAUUGUUUCGGCUCGGCUGAACGCCUGGAUUGCUCAUUGUGGAAUUGUCAUGUGGCAGUCAUGCUGGCAGUGGACGAAAACAGCCCGCGGAUUGAAGAGUUUUAU